AUGAGCCACAUGAUCCCCUCCGGACCAUACAAGAUCAGGAAUGUCUUGUAUGUAGACCGGUACGUCCACAUGUCAGGAAACAAGGAGUUCGUCGGCCACGACGUUGCUCAAAUCAUACGCGUGCAUCGUUACAGCAACGCACUUCCCAUCCAAGUCAAUGUCAAGGACGUGGUUCAGCAUCUUGCGACUCUCUAUGAUACUGAGACAAACCUGUACCUUGGGAUCGACCAGAUAGACGGUAAAGUCAAAGGCUUCACCGAUCCCCAGGUGCUCCAGUUGUCCAGCGACGACGGCGUCAAAUAA